AUGGCCGUACCUGAUGGUUACUGUUUGAUGGGUAAAGCAACAUUGCAAACAUCGGGUGAGUACAAGGGUAUCAGGGAUGUGAUUGCCAAAUAUUCAGAUGCCAAAAGAGAGGAGGGAGAAAGAAGCUGUAUAGCAACGGUGGAAGCCAAGGACAAGAAAGGAGGGAAAGCAGAGGAAGACCCGGGACAGAAAGGGACCGAGAAGGAAGGGGGGAUGCGGGAGGGAGGGAAGCAUAGAGAGGGCGCUCAGGGACAUGGGACUCCCAACACGUUCCUCCCUUGA